AUGUCUGCUACUGGUUGGGAUGCCGGAAGAAUUUAUAGCGCUGGGGUCCAUCAAACCCAAAUUCGAAAUGAUUCACGAGUUGUAAUUGAGUCGAAAUUUUAUAAUUUUGUUGAUCAAUUUCGAGUGGAAGAACAUUUUAUCUAUAGGGAAAAAAUCAAGAGAAACGCGGAAGGCCGUCAGUAUAAACUCGAUGUCCAGCUGGAACAUCUUGAUGAAGUUGAUAGAAACCUUUCUGAUAAAUUCAAAGCUUCUCCUGCUGAUGUUUUGCCCCUGUUCGAGGUGGCAGUGCAAAAUUUAGCAAAGCAACUUUUAAAAGAUGAUUCGAUUCCUCCGUUUCAAAUUUUGCUUCGUUCCAAAGAUAGCAUUCAAGAUUUAAGAAAACUCAACUCAGAUAACAUAUCUCAACUCGUUAAUGUUUCCGGGAUCAUAAUUGCGGCCACAAAUUUGACAGCUAAAGCAACAAGCGUUCAGAUCAUGUGCAAAACCUGUCGACAAUAUAAAACGAUGACUGUUGCAGAUGGCUUUUCGGGGAUCCAACUUCCCCGGGCUUGUGAUAGUGACCCCAAUGGUCUGGGGCCCAAGGAUUGUGGUCUCGAUCCUUAUGUCAUCAUUCACGACAAAUGUACUUUCGUGGAUCAACAAGUCUUGAAACUUCAAGAACUUCCAGAGUUACUUCCUGUCGGCGACUUACCUCGUCAUAUAACAGUCCACGUGGACAGAUUUUUGACCAAUAAGGUUGUUCCCGGGAGGCGCGUCAAGAUCGUCGGAAUUUAUGAUAUUUUUCAGAGCUUUUCAUCAAAGAAACAAGGUCAAGGUAUAGGAACUCGUAUGUCUUAUAUCAAAGCUCUUGGACUUGAACUUGAUAAUGAACAAGGUGGUCAAGAUCAGAAUGGUUACACGCACGCCGAAGAAGAGGAGAUAAUAACAUUGUCUCAAAGACCAGAUUUCUAUGAAGUUUUCACAAAUAGCAUUGCACCAUCAAUUUAUGGAAAUCAAGAAAUUAAGCGUGCAAUUUCUUGUCUGCUCUUCGGUGGAAGUAAAAAAAUUUUGGCAGAUGGAAUGAAAUUGAGAGGUGACAUUAAUGUUUUAUUGCUGGGUGAUCCUGGAACUGCAAAAAGUCAGUUCCUAAAGUUCGUUGCACCUGUCGCUGUUUAUACAUCGGGAAAAGGAAGCAGUGCCGCGGGUCUAACAGCAGCUGUAGUUCGAGACGUUGCCACUCGCGAAUUUCAUCUCGAGGGUGGAGCAAUGGUGUUGGCAGAUGGUGGGGUGAUAUGUAUAGACGAAUUUGAUAAAAUGCGGGACGAAGAUCGA